AGGAAACCUAAACCAUAAUUCAAGGAAAGGAAAAACCUAAACCUUAGCAGUCUCUCAAUCUUCUGCUAAAAAUCCAAGGACACCGCACUCAGUCUCACUGUGAGUGCAUCUUCUUCUUGCAUAUUCCAGCCGUCGACCCACACUCUCUGUUCCACUGUGCCCUUUUCUUUCAGAAUCCACCGAUCCGCCGUCUGCUUGCGUUUCGCUUCUGCGACGAAUCGAUACGAUGGAACUCGAGUGAAUAAGUGAAGAACCAUCGACUCACGCAGUUUAAGAUUGAGACUUCUGAAAAUUCUGGGAUUGGGAAACACUAAGAUUGCUGAGGGGAACCAUACGAGUGAAGAACCAAUUAUUUUGUUGAGUUGUCACAAGGUUAUUUCAAGCCCUACACAUGCACACUCCAAGAAGUGGAACCGGCCUCCUUAUUAUGAGGUUUUGGUCCUCUUCGGAAACUGGAAGUGGUUACCGGGUCCGCUUCACGAUUUGAACUGGACCAUGGCAAGGACUCCUUUAGGCUGAUGCUCUUCCAUACUGGUCACCACUCUGCUCCCUUUGCUGCUGUGGCUCCUGUGCUGCUGCACCAGUCUUACCUCACAGGGCAGCAAUUGGAGAUGGAUGAUAUAGAGGUUCUUAAGCCGUGCAAAAGAGCUGGUCUUGUUGUUCGAACUGUCUCCCCCUACUUCCAGAAGGCACCCAAGGAAAAAGAAGCUGCAAAUAGCAGCAUGACUAACAGCAAAGACGUUAAGGAUUUGUUGUCAAAGAAGACCAAAAAAUCAUGUCAAAGCGCUGGUCUUACUGUAAAUGUCUUCCCCUACUUCCAGAAUGUGCCCAAGGAAGAAAAGGAAUGUGCUGAUAGUAGCUUGACUGAUGGCAAGGGUGGGCAGAAGAAAUUGUCAAAGAAGACCAAAAAGGCAUCUGAAAGGACUGGUAUUGCAGUUCGAAAUGUCUCCCCCUACUUCCAGAAUGUGCCCAAGGAAGAAAAGGAAUGUGUUGAUAGUAGCUUGACUGAUGGCAAGGGUGGGCAGAAGAGAUUGUCAAAGAAGAGCAGAAAGGCAUCUGAAAGAACUGGUGUCGCAGUUCGAAAUGUCUCCCCUUACUUCCAGGAUGUGCCCAAGGAAGAAAAGGAAUCUGCUGAUGGUAGCUUGACUAAUGGCAACGGUGAGCAGAUGAAAUUGUCAAAGAAGAGCAAAAAGGUAUCCAAAAGGACUGGUGUUGCAGUUGGAAAUGUCUCCCCCUACUGCCAAAAGGUAGCCAAGGAAGAAGGAGCUGUGGAUAGCAGCUUGACGGACAACAAUUGUGUUCAGAAGAAGAAAUCAAAGAAGAUAAAAAAAUCAUGCAAAGGAGCUAGUAUUGCAGUCCGAAAUGUCUCUCCCUACUUCCAAAAGGUACCCAAGGAAGAAGGAGCUGCAGAUAGCAGCUUGGUUGACAACAAUUGUGAGCAGAAGAAGUCAUCAAAGAAGAGGAAAAGAUUGUAUGAAGAAGCUACUAUUGAGGUUCAAAAUGUCUCCCCCUACUUCCAAAAGGUACCCAAGGAAGAAGGAGCUGCAGAUGGAAGCUUGACUGACAACAAUUUUGCGCAGCAGAAGUCAUCGAAGAAGAGGAAAAAAUCAUGUGAAGGAGGUAGUAUUGAAGAUCAAAAUGUCUCCCCCUACUUUGAAAAUGUAGCCAAGGAAGAAGGAGCAGCAGACAGCAGCUUGACUGACAACAAUUGUGGGCAGAAGAAGUUCUCAAAAAAGAGCAAAAAAUUGUGUGAAGGAGCUAGUAUUGCUGUUCAAAAUGUCUCCCCCUAUUUCCAAAAGGUACCCAAGGAAGGAGCUGCAGAUAGCUGCUUUACCGGCAACAAUUGUGGCCAGAAGAACUCAUCAAAGAAGAGUGAAGAUUCAUGUGAAGGAGCAAGUCUUGCAGUUCCAAAUGUCUCCCCUUACUUCCAGAAGAUACCUAAGGAAGAAGAAGCUGCACAUAACAGCUUGAUUGAUAGCAAUAGUGGGCAGAAGAAAUUAUCAAAGAAGAGCAGAAGGGUAUCUGAAAGGGCUGGUCUUGCAGUUCGAAUUGUGUCGCCUUACUUUUGCAAGGUAGCCAAGGAAGAAAAUGCUGCAUGUAGCGGCUUGACUGAUGACAAUAGUAAGCAAGAAGGAUCCUCAAAGAAGAUGAAAAAGCCAUGUGACGGAGCUGUUCUUGCAGUUCAAAAUGUCUCCUCUUACUCCCAGAAUGUACCAAAGAAAGAAGCCGCUGAAGAUAGCAGCUUCAAUGAUGCCAAAUGUGGGCAGGAAAAAUCAUCAAAAAAGGGAAAUAGAUCAAGGAGGACUAGUAUUGUUCUCUCUAGUGCCCAAAAGCGAAGUGAGGCAUAUCGAAGAAAAACUCAAAAUGACACAUGGCAGCCACCACGAUCUGAAUUUGGACUUCUACAAGAAGAUCAUGCUCAUGAUCCUUGGAGAGUGCUGGUGAUAUGUAUGCUGCUUAAUUGCACAACUGGCAUGCAGGUACGAAGAGUUAUAACAGAUUUCUUCACUCUGUGUCCUGAUGCGAAGGCUGCCACUGAAGUAAAAGCACAGGAGAUUGAAAAUAUGAUAGAAUCUCUAGGUUUGCACAAGAAGAGGGCGGUGAUGAUACAACGCUUAUCGCAGGAGUAUUUAGGGGAUGAUUGGACCCAUGUGACUCAGCUGCAUGGUGUAGGAAAGUAUGCUGCUGAUGCUUAUGCAAUAUUCUGUACAGGGAAGUGGGAUCAGGUGCAUCCAAAUGAUCACAUGCUAAAUUACUAUUGGGACUUUCUUCACAGGAUCAAUAAUGCUUCAUCGUAAAUCCUGUUUUUGUUUAUUCAACUGAUUUAAUAUUUAAUGAGAUAUAUAUGUAUAUACCUGUGUCAUAUAUAAAAAAAAAGGAAACCUUAUUUUUGUAGGCAAAUUGAUACUGUUGAUCUACAGUAUCAAUUUGGAUGACAAUUUUGUGAUAUUGGGAUAUUGGUGUUCUUCUUGUGUGUCUUUGGUUUGUUUCUUGGGCUGAGCAGACAGUUGGGCUGCUGCUUUCUUUUUGGGCUGUUUUAUCCUUCUCUUUUCUCCCUUGGCCUCAUUUCUUACUGUUUUAUCCUCCUCCCUCAUCGCUGCAAUGUAGAGGUAAAGGGUCACGUUUUGUUCUUGCCUUUAUUCUGCUCCCUCCCUCUUCAUUUACCUAGUCCUCCUUUUUCUUUUUUUCCUGUCCUUUUUCCUGAAAAUUCUUUUGUGCUCUUUUAUAAAUUUAAAAAAAAAAAAAAAAAUCUUUUUUGCUUGCUUUGAGGAGUGGCUGUACUUAUACUGCCAUGGAGAUUUGGUUCUUCCAUUUUGGAUUCCUACAGCUUCUGUAGACGAAUGGAUUUGAUGGUAUGGAGAUGGAGGUUUCUCUCUUUGAUUUUGGGGUCUCAUCCUUGCAAUCAAUCAUUGGAUUUCAGCUGAGAGUUUGGGUGAGUUUUUGGUAAUUGGUAUUGAUUUACCUGCUCUUCAUCUUUAUGAAAUUGUUGUCUUAUUCAUUUGGUUAUUGGAAUCAUUUUUUUCACCAUUUGAUUUGAAAAUGAGUGUACGUUAUGGAUAUUUAAUAUUGUGGGUUCUGAAUGUGGUUCUUAACCCAUAUUAGGAGCGCUGAUUAUUGUAUGGGUCUCUAUUUUUCCUUCAACUUUUUAUUUUUUAUUUUUAUUUUUUUUCCAAUUUCCUUCAAUUUUCUUGUCCUUUCUCUCUCUUUGCUAUCUGAUCAUUAGCUUAAUCCCAUUUGUCCUCUCACUCGGUCACAUUAUCUCUCUAGAACAAACUAAUAUUUCCUUUGCCAGAGAUUUGUAAGGAACAGCCGGGGAGUGUCCUAUUCCUGCUUCCAUAUCGCUGUUGUUGAUGCACUUAACUGAAUUGUAAGUAAAACUUCCACUUAGUUUAAUCUUUAUUUUUUUUGGUUACUAUCUUGAAGAUCUAUGUGCAUUGAUGGGAAACAUAUAUCUUCCGAUCUCAUAAAUUUUGUCCACUUUGCUUUUUUCAUACAAAUUAGGAAAUGAUAAAUUGUUUUAGUCAAAGGACAACUUUUUCUAUUAGCUUUUCAAUUAUACCCAUCUUUAAUAUAAAAUGAGGGCAAUAAAACUUAUUGAAAUAAUAAAAUCAUUAUCAAUAAAAGAUGGUUUGAGUUCUCAUUUGGAAAAAAAAAACAAUUAAUUACGGAUUGUGUUGAAAAUAAGCUAAAAUUAUAUAAGACUAUAAUAGUCAAUUUAUAUGUUUAACCAUAAUGCAAAAAGGAAAGUGGACAAUAUUUUGGGAUAGACAAAAAUGGAAAAGGGGACAAAAAUUAUGAGGCGGAUGGAAUAUAUAUUUUUUCUCACAUCUGUUCUUCAUCAGGAGAACAUUUGAUUUGAAUGGAUGAGUUGACUAUGACUAUGCAAAUAUGUAACUCAAAUCUGUGUUAUUCCUUGUAAUUAUAAUAAAUAUUGUGAUUGAUUACUUCUCUGUGAUUUAGGACACUAAGAAGUUGCUUAAUCACUAGUAUCUGUCAUCAAAUUGGAAGAAAAUCUUUUAUAGCUAAAGAAUUUUGGCAAAUAUGGCAAGUAGUUAUAGAACAUGAUGGUCCAAAGCAAGGAUAAGGAUCUUUUAGCUGAGACAUGCCAUCUGUUCUGGACAAAAACAAGUUUGUUAACUGAUAGUGUUUGGCAUUGUUAUCGUUCCACAAUACCUGUGCUGCUCAAAUAUUUUGUUAUGUUUGUUCAUUGAUAAUGCAAGUGGUUUUGGUGUCUUUUUAAUCCCCUCCUUUGUUUCAUUUGCCUACUGAUAUUAUUAGAUGCAUCAGUCACCUGUCAGGUAAAGACUACCUUCAGUUGUAAUCAGUUUCUCUAUUGUCUAAGUUUUCUGGGAAUUUUAUCUUGAUUUUCAAGAGUUCUAUCUUGAUUUUGUUUCCAUCAUUUGUUUUACCACUUGUGACUUGUGAAAAGACAAAUACACCCUUCUAACUUAAGAUUACAGCCAUAUUCUUCCCCUUACUCAACUUCAAUAGCUCCUUUAACCUUGCAUCCUUCUUCAAAUUCUCCCUGGGAUCUGUGCUAUCAGUUAAUUAAUCCAAUGCUUCUUAAUCUUUGUCCAAAAAACUCUCACUCCAAAGAAUAUGGAGGGUGAUGGGUUCUGAUCUAGGAAGCUGGAAUUUGAAGCCUUCCCCAAAUUUGAAGCCAUCAUGAUUUAGGAAGAUGGUUAGUUUUGAUUCAGAAAACCCGAUAUUCCAUCUUUGUGAUACUGGAAUUUGAAGCCAUCUUGCUUGAAGGUGUCAACUUCAAUGGUUAUUAUGACACUGGAGGAAUCGCCAUCAUAGGUUCAUAGGUGGAGGUGGGUCAAACCCAGGUACUGCCCUCUACCAUUGAGAAGGCUAAGGUUGAGUACUAUUAGGAAAACUAAGCCCUCUCCGGGGACAGAGGAGUUAAUUGACCGGAAUACAUUGAUGAGGAAUGACGUAUCCAAUGAAGCCACCCUUGUAGCUUCCUCCGUGUUCAUCCAGAGUGAAAAAUUAAUUGAAGAAUUUGCGGACCUAUUAAUUACUGAUAAAAUUAGGAAUGUCUAAACGGCUCCUUUUCUGAUUGUAGCAAAAGUGUUAUGACUUGAAAGUGUAGUAGGAAUUUUUGAGUGGACCAAAUUUACAGUAUUAUUUUUCCAUGUUUAUAGCCAAGCAGGCUCCUAAAUAUUGUAUUAAAAUAGUGAUAGUGAUGGUGGUGAAGGCUGUUUGUAGAUUCAUAAACUUUCAGGUAAACUAUGUUGAAACUCUCACCAAUUGAAGAUGAAAGGAAAGUUACUUUAUGCUUGCAA